AUGCCCCGCGAACUCCUCGUUAAGAAGAUCGACGGCAAGCCCGGACAGGUGUACUACCCCCUGUACAUCCGCGACACGCCGAUUCCCAAGCCCGGCCCGAACCAGGUCCUCGUGCGACUCAAGGCGGCCGCGCUGAACCACCGCGACCUCUUCAUCCGCCAGCACCUCUACCCCGGUAUCGGCUUCGACCACGCGCUCCUCGCCGACGGUGUCGGUGUCGUCACCGAGGUUGGCUCUGGUGCCCCCCAGGACCUGAAGGGUCGCAACGUCCUCGUCAUGCCCUUCCGCAACUGGGAGGACGACGAGCAGGGUCCGGGCUCCGACUUCCAUGUCGCGGGAGGCACCGCGGCGUCGGACUCGGGCACUGGCCGCGACUACAUGGUCAUUGACGCCAGCGACGUUGUUCCCGCACCUCCGCACCUGAGCGCCGUUGAGGCUGCCGCUCUCCCGCUCGCCGGCCUCACCGGCUGGCGCGCGUUCGUCACCAAGUCUGGCGCCGCCCAGAAGGGCAAGAAUGUCCUCAUCACCGGUAUCGGCGGCGGUGUUGCGCUGCAGGUGCUCCAGUUUGCUGUCGCAAUGGGCGUCAACGCCUACGUUACGUCCGGCUCGGAGGAGAAGCUGCAGAAGGCCAAGGAGCUCGGCGCCAAGGGCGGCGUCAACUACAAGACGCAGGGCUGGGAGAAGGAGCUGAAGAAGCAGCUGCCCAAGGACCGGCCGUACCUCGAUGCGAUCGUGGACGGAGCCGGCGGCGACGUUGUCUCGAAGGGCGUCAAGCUGCUGCGCACGGGCGGCGUCAUCGCGCAGUACGGCAUGACGGUCGGCCCCAAGAUGGACUGGACGAUGAAUGCGGUGCUCGCCAACCUCGAGCUCAAGGGCAGCACGAUGGGCAGCAAGAAGGAGUUCAACGAAAUGGUCAAGUUUGUCGCUGAGCACAAGAUCCGCCCUGUCAUCUCUACCACGGGCUCUCUCGAUGACAUGAACUCGGUCGAGGAGCUCUUUACCAUCAUGAAGGAGGGUCGCAACUUUGGCAAGCUCGUCAUCAAGAUUGACGACGGCGCUGCUUCUCCGUCCAAGCUCUAA